CUAAGCAUAUGGAUCAUAUCGACUUCCGGUCUCCUAAGUUUCCGACAUGGCAUUGCAUCUUUACCAUUGUUCUCUUGUUGUGUUCCUUCAACCGAGUCUCCUUUGCUUCCAACAACGAAAAUGAUAGGCUUGCGUUGCUGGUGUUCAAGUCAGGAAUAACUGAAGAUCCUUUUGGGGUGUUCAGCUCAUGGAACGACAGCAUCGACUUCUGCCGGUGGUCUGGUGUUACAUGUGGUCACCGGCACCGCAACCGACUCACGGUAUUGGACCUAAAUUCACAGAAGCUCUCGGGAUCAAUCUCCCCUCACAUUGGGAACCUCAGCUUCUUGAGGGAGUUACGGCUUCAAAACAAUAGUUUUGACCAUGAAAUCCCUCCGCAAAUUGGACGACUGCACCGCUUACGUUUCUUAGAAUUGUCCAAUAACUCUCUGGCAGGGGAUAUACCCAAGAACAUAACAGGUUGCACAAACCUUAUUGGCAUUGGGUUGCAGAGUAACCGACUGACUGGACAAGUUCCUAGAGAGCGUGGUAGGCUGUUGAAGCUUCAGCGUCUCGUUUUAAUGGUGAACAAUUUGUCAGGAAGCAUACCUCCAGGCAUUGGCAACUUAUCAUCACUCGAGGAUCUUUAUCUCACUUAUAACUACUUAAGUGGGAGCAUUCCUGGGGCUCUUGGCCAACUAGCCAAACCAGACACACUUACUUUGGGAUUCAACAUGCUUUCCGGGUCAUUCCACUCUGCUGGACGCCAGAGGAGUGGAUUGGUGGAAGUAUGCGGCGGAGCUGCUACGGGCAAAGCAAAAGCUUUUGAGAGUGGAGGUCCAACAGAUCCAAGGCUUAUCAGCAAAUUAUAGAUGUAAUUCAUAUGGAAGGAAAGACUGCUCCUCUUUCAGCCGUAAUUAAACUCCUCUAUGUUUUGUUUCUCGAAUGAGAAUGAAUUCAUGCUUGUUUAUUUCCAACUGCCAUGAUUUGGUUUCCAGUA